AAUCAUAUCUAGUCCCAGAAGACACAACGGUGCAUUUCUUUAUUUACAAUCUUCAUUAUAAUCCUAAUAUUUGGCUAAAUCCGGAGGUAUUUGAUCCAGAUAGAUUCUUACCAGAGAAUAUAAGGAAUCGUCAUCCUUAUUCCUAUUUACCCUUCAGCGCAGGACCACGAAAUUGCAUAGGUCAACGAUUCGCCAUGUUGGAGAUGAAGGUCCUAAUAGCUCCUCUUGUGCACAACUUCCACUUAGAGCCUGUUGAUUAUUUAAAGGAUGUCUCGAUGAAAACGGAUUUUAUACUACGUGCUGUACGUCCGAUUCGCAUGAAAGUCAUUCCAAUCAAACGCGCGUAGUCAUCUAAUGAGAAUACACAUUCUUUAAAGAAGUCGAUUAUAGCUAAAUGUUACGAUAGUAAAGUCUUAAUGUUGUUAUACGUAGCCAAAGGUUCAGGGUUACACUGAUGUCUCUCAUAAAGGACUCAAUCCAUUCUACGCCUUCACAAGUUGUGUUCAUGUUGAUUUGGGA